CCAACGGUUGUCGGCGAAUGCGUAUAUGUAUAAUACGGAUCGUAUGUGUUAGUGUAGACACUAGACAAUAGUAAACGAGUAGUACGGGUAAAAAACAAUUUCAUUUCCAAACCAGUUUUCAUUUCACUCUGUAACGACCGACUGACCAGCAGAUUUUAGAAGCUUGGCGCAGUGCAUUUUUGUCCGUACCUCCGUGCAAAUAUAAAAUACCUUUUACCUACUACUACUACAACCAAACAACACUACUUCAUUAUCAUGGCUACAUUACAAGAGCGUUUCGAAGCGGCCACCGAAGAAGUGAAAACGCUCACGAAGAGACCGACCGACGUCGAACUAUUGGAACUGUACGCCCUCUUCAAGCAAGCCACAGUCGGAGACAACGACACCAGCAAACCCGGCAUGUUUGAUUUGAAAGCAAAAAAAAAGUGGGAGUUCUGGACCAAUUUAAAAGGUACUUCCAAAGAAGACUGCCAAGAGAAAUAUAUUGCAAAAAUGGAAGAAUUCGUUGUCAAAUACAGGGAUUGAUUUCUAAAAAUAUACUAAGAUAUUUAUAAAUUUAUAAUGGAUCUUUUAUUGUACGUUUUUUUUUUCACUUUGUUCACUCAUAUUUAAAAAUCAAUAUAAUUUAAAUAAAUAAA